CAACGCAUCAUCAGACAACAUCAACCAAACCAACCUCCAAACCUUUGCCAAAAUGCAGACUGUUAAGGACGCCGUCAACAACGUCUCUGAGACCAUCCAGGGCAAGGGCCACGAGGCUUCCGCCGAGGCUAACAAGGGUGAGCAUUUCCCUCACUUUACUCGCCGCUCUGCGCACACGCAUGCUAACCAUUUCCCUCUGCCACUUGUCACAGGUGUCGCAAAGGACUCCAACGCUUCUCUCGGCAACCGCGCAGAGGCUGCCAAGGACUACGUCAGUGACAAGAUCGACCAGAACAAGCACGAGGGCAAGGCUGAGCUCCACGAGCAAAAGCUCAAGCAGUAAACUCUUGA